UGCGGGGGGUAGCCUGUUGCGUUCUCCCAAAAUCGCAUAUAUGAAGAUUUGUAAAACCACAAUCGGGGAGUCGUCUGAUAAUUAACGUAACCAACCCUGGAGAAGAGACCGAAGGACGGUGUGCCUAAAAACGGGUUUUGAGAGCGCGUUGUCCGUGAGAAGUUAAUGAUGGGAGCGGUAUUGGGGGCCUUGUCUGUCGCAAACUGGAUGCCAUGUCUGUGCAGCAGUGCCACAUGCUUGAUGUGCAAGUGCUGUCCCAGCAUCAAGAACUCUACCGUGACACGGCUCAUCUAUGCCUUUAUCCUGCUUCUGGGGACCAUCAUAUCCUGCGUCAUGCUGUCUCCGGGCGUGGAGAAGCAGCUGAAGAAGAUCCCCGGGUUCUGUGAGGGCGGGGCCGACUCCACCAUCCCGGGAAUCCAGGCCGAAGUCAACUGCGACAUUUUCGUGGGCUACAAAGCGGUGUACCGCGUCUGCUUCGGCAUGAGCCUCUGUUUCCUGCUGUUCGCGCUGCUCAUGGUCAACGUCAGGAGCAGCCGAGAUCCCAGAGCUGCCGUCCACAACGGGUUUUGGUUUUUUAAAAUAGCUGCCAUGGUUGCAGUUACAGUUGGUGCCUUUUAUAUUCCCGAGGGGCCUUUCACGCGCACCUGGUUCGUUGUGGGCACCUGCGGGGCGUUUUGCUUCAUCCUGAUCCAGCUGGUUCUCUUGGUGGACUUUGCCCACUCCUGGAACGAGUCCUGGGUGGAGAAGAUGGAGCAGGAGCCCUCCAGGUCCUGGUAUGCUGCUUUGCUGUCAGUGACCGGACUGAACUACAUCCUGUCCGUUAUCGCCAUUGUUAUGUUCUUCGUCUUCUACACCCAGCCAGGGGAAUGUGCUCUGAACAAAUUCUUCAUCAGCUUCAAUACGCUGCUCUGUAUCGUGGCGUCUGUCAUUUCUGUGCUGCCUAAAGUGCAGGAAACUCAGCCUCGAUCUGGCCUGCUGCAGUCCUCUAUCAUCACACUGUACACCAUGUACCUGACCUGGUCAGCCAUGAACAACGAGCCUGACCGCAAGUGCAACCCCAGCCUCCUGGGCAUUUUCCAGCAGAUCGCCGCCCCCACCCUUGCCCCGCUGGAGGUGGAGAACCAGACGGCGGUCAUCAUCAUCAGCACGGAGGAGCCCACCCCCUCCUCGCCCUACCUGCAGUGGUGGGAUGCGCAGAGCAUCGUGGGAUUGGCCAUUUUCGUCCUCUGCAUUCUGUACUCCAGCAUUCGCUCCUCCAGCAACAGCCAGGUGAAUAAGCUGACCCUGGCCUCCAACGACACCACAAUGCUGGAAGAGAGCGCUCCAGGGACCCCCGAGGAGGUUGUGGUGGGGGACGGGCCCAGGCGGGUGGAGGACAACGAGAGGGAGAUGGUCCAGUACAGCUACUCCUUUUUCCACUUCAUGCUCUUCCUGGCAUCACUCUACAUCAUGAUGACGCUCACAAACUGGUACAGCCCUGAUGCCGACUACAACGCCGUGACGAGCAAGUGGCCCUCGGUCUGGGUGAAGAUCACCUCCAGCUGGGUGUGUCUGUUCCUCUACACAUGGACCCUGAUAGCCCCCAUGAUCCUCACCAACCGGGACUUCAGCUGAUCACCCCCAUGAUCCUCACCAACCGGGACUUCAGCUGAAUCCAGCGGGGUUCCUCACCACAGCCUCCUCUCUGAAAAGCCAAAGCUUCCACAUUCCUUACUACUUAUGACGCGGUCCGUCACCAUUUUCUACUUUAUAAAAUUAGAGUAAAAAAGAAGAGCUGGCCAUUUUGCCUGUAGUACAUUUGACAGGAUUCCUGUUAAAACUAGACUUGUUACAUUUUUUAAAAUCUAAAAAAGGUUAAUCAAUAUGUGAGUUUUUGAAGUGUGCAUGUAGCUGCCCACACUUUGUAAAAAGGAACAUCAUUACUCUCAAGGUGAAGUCAGCAGAUUUCACCUAUAUGGCAGGCACAGAAAGUGACCAAAUUUAUGAUAUGUUUGUGUGGGUAUUUGAACGUAAGACUCAUGUAAAGAUGUUUUAGCUGCGUUUCUCCAAAGGUAAUAUUGUAGAAGGCAUCCUUAAUCACAGGGAAAGAGAUACAAAAAAACCCCACACCUUAAAUGUACCUGUUUGAAGAUGCUAGCUCUGAAGAAAGAGGAAAGAAAGAUGGCAUCAGGGGAAGGAGAAGAGGGAGAUGCUGAAAAGAAAGUAAUUUAUGACUGAAAUUGUUGCGGAAGAGUGUAACUCUACAGCGUGUGUGUGCUGUACACAAACACGACCAUUAUAGCUGCAUUUUCUCUUUUGGAAUGUAAAGGCGUUAUUCAAUUGAGGAAAAAGACCAUGUUUCAGUCAUCUCAGCUGCUGAAAUCAAAAUGAUUUUGUCCUUUUUGUACACAGGCUAGUGAUGCGCAGACAUUUUGCCCUGCCAUGACUUUAGUUUUCCUUUUCCUUGCAUUUAGCAUCAUUCGAACGUUGUACCUUCCCUUCGAAUGCAUAAAUGAGUCACAUAGAAUAUUUGCAACCAUUCCAAUACCUUUCACUUUAAUGGGUGGCUCCUCAGAGUGAUGUUCUGCCUUCCUUUUAGAUACACACAUUCCAAAUGCACUCUGUAUUGUGGCUUAGGUGUUUGCACUUAUCUCCACAAAAGCCAAAGGCUUGCAUAAGCAUAUAUCUGUGAAAUGGACAGACAGGUCUGUUAGCAUUCCUUGUAUAUAGUGGUAUUAGCCAUACAAUGUUGUGUACUACUGUAUCAAAAUGAAGCUACGUACUACCAGUGCUCUCAGUUAAGUGCACAGGCUUCCAAUGUACUGAUAUCUUAGAAG